UACCAAAUUGAAAUUCGCGCCGCGUUAAAAUCGCAUAUAUAAGACGAAGAAAGCGCGGGCCACGGUGAGUAUGCAAUCGCGGUACCGUCGAAAAAUUUCCACGGGCAGGUAGUCGUGCGUAUUGACCUCAAUGCAGCACCGUUAGCUUUCAACGAGGGUGCACGUCGGUAUCAGGAUCACAGUUUGAUCAUAGCCGCGACGUAGAAAGGAUUCGCGUGCAGUCGUGCAUGAGAACACUCGUUAAACCGGCUUGAAAUGACGUAGCAAGUGGAUCCCAGACCAGCCAGACCCGUGCGCGUUAAAUCAGUGUUGCUCAUCGUCGGCGAUACCCGGGACUAAUAAAUAGUCUAUAGCGAUUCACUGAUCGCUUAUCACUCCGCGGAACUCGCUAAUCGUGGAACACGCACUGAAGAGGAGUGCAAACUUGUCAAUUGAUACGAGGGCGCCGGCUAACGAUGGUCGUCAAAAUCUACAUAUCGGGUAUCAGCGGCAACAAGGAAGUGAAGAAGAGGCAACAACGUGUUUUAAUGAUAUUAGAUAGUAAAAAUGUAGAAUAUGAAACCAUUGACAUAACAGAACCAGGAAAAGAAUUAGAGAAAGAAUUUAUGCAAACCAAUGGUAUUGCAAGAGAGAGUAAAUAUCCUUUACCUCCACAAAUAUUUAAUGAAGAGGAAUAUUGUGGGGAUUAUGAAGAUUUCGAUUUGGCAAAUGAAACGGAUGAAUUAGAAGAAUUUUUGAAAGUGGCGCCUCCUGCUAGUGCAUCAGAAACUGCUCUUGACUCAAAUCAGAGUAAGAAUAUCCAAGAAAAUGGAAAUACCACGAGUCGAGAACCUUCCACAGACAAAGAUGCAACUGCAGUGCAAGCAGAAAGUACAGAGGAAAGGACGACUUUGCCAAAUGAAAGUGUAGAGCCGGCCGAAUCUAAACCAGUAGAACACGAUGGCGGGACAAAUAUUGCGACCGAUGAAGUCGCGGAACAUCCAAAGGACAAUGUCGAAAAAAAUGAAGAAAAAUCCGACAACGAAGAGAAAGAAGAGUAGGCGUGUAAAAUAAUCCAUACGAUUUUGGGACGUUUUAUAUUUUUUUGACAUCCUUGGUUUUCCACCAAUAAGGGUAUUUUAUAAAAAGCUAUAUUUAUCACAUUUUUAAGGCUGAGUGAAGGUACUGCCAAGAUAAUAUUUCUGCUCUGCAGAAGGUAUAUUGAAUGAACAGUAUAAAUGAAAUAUAAGCGAUACUUUUAUAGAACUAUUUUAUAUUGCGACCGAAUAUGUUUUCGCCAAUAGAUUCUUGAUAGAUCUGGCUAGAAGAUAUGAAUUAACUUCAUCUUUCUUCAUAUCGUUAAUUAAUAUAAUGUUUUUAAUUUCGUAUGCUGACAUUUUGCAGUAUUUAUACGAUAUUUUAUUAUAUUUAAUUGCAAUUCUAACGAUGUACUAGAAGUAAUAAAUUUGCAAUAUUGUGAUUGCUUUCUGUCCUUUUACUUGUUUAAAGUAUACUGACAAGUUUAGGUAAAUUUAUCGUAUUUUAAAAUUAUGUUUUAUCGUUUCGUUUGAAAUGUUAUACUGAACUAUUAAUUUUCUAAUUAAAAUUUCAAUUGCUUUAAGAGUUUUCUAGUAGCUUUCGUGUGUUUCUUCAUGGUCUAAGAUAUAUACUAUUCGCUUACCAUUUGUACUGAAAAAUGACUUCCAUAAUAUCAAAUGUAGGUCAUAUUGACAUCUCAAAAAUUUUAGUCUCGUUCUUUUAGUUUUAUACAAGCUUUUUAAGAUUAGUGCUUCCUGUUGUGUAAGAUAAAUAAGUUCGGACAGUACAACACUCAGUUUUGCAUAAAAUGCAAUUAUUACAAAAGACGACACAAAAUUAGUUAUAUUACAAUUUUACCAAUAUCAUACGCACUAACAAUUCUUUAUUGCCGAGUACAUAGAUCCUAAAAUGAUUCUUCAUAUUAUUUCUAAGAAAGGUAGGAUUAAUUUAGAACAGAUUUCUUAGUUUUGCAUAAUGUAUCUGACAAAAUUACAUACUAAUUUGUUAUAAUUACAUUUAUAUCAACCCUAUUCUUGUUAUUAUUAAUAUAAUUCGUACAGAUAUUCCAGAAGAACUAAAAAUAAAAUAUGCGUAGAGUAAUCUAUAGCAAUAGCUCAUUUCCUUUUUUCAUGAUGAAAAUAUUUACUUAUAAUUGUAUAAUUAAAUAUGAAUUACCGAAUUGUUGAAAAUCUUGAACCCUGUUAUCGAAGGCCUACUUAUGAGCGUUUCUAUAAAAAUUAGUAUCGAUGAAACGCAUUUUAUCGGACCUGGUUACUUGUCGGAAUAGCUUAAAAUAAUUUUAAUUAUUUUAUACAUACCGCUCAAUGCUAAUCAAAUACUAAGCGGGUAUUAAUCACGAACAAAUGGAAGCUUUAUGCAAAUGUUACGAACUGUUUUGAUAUAAGGCAAAAUUAAAUAUAAUACGAGAACUUCAUGAUACGAUAAUUGUACAUGAGAUAAUAAGCCUGACUAAUUUUAAUAUAGCGUACAGCAAGCUUUUUAAUAUCAAAUAUGUGCUACUAGAAACGAAUUAGGAAGAAAAUUAUAAAGCUUUACCGAAGUAAAUCGUGAUGUCCAUCGUGUUGUUAUCAUAGAACACUAUAUCCGUAAGAAAUUGGUGUUGGACAUGAACAUUACAGUUAAUAAAUUUUAACAUGAUAUAUAUUCAAAAUAUAUAUUUGCGAAAACAAUAUUCAUUAUACACGAUGUAUAUGAAUCAUGCCGAUCAUUGUUACAUGCAUAUAAGAAUUUACUAAUAAAUAUCAUGA